CGACUAACCAAACGUCAAAAAAUAUGAAAGUCCCAAGUAAACUACAAAUAGCACUUGCUAUUGUUAUUUGCCGUUCUAAAGAACCUUAUAUGACGAUUGAAGAAUAUAUUGAAUAUAUAAGAGAGAAUAUUUGCAGAAGAAUUAAGAAUAGAGGAAUUAAAGAGAAAUGUGAAUGUGAAUGUUCUAGUGGUGUAUUAUUUUGGAAAAAUAUGUUUGAAAGUAUAGAACGUGAAAAUGUUAAAUUACGUAUCAAGAUUAUGGAGCUUGAGAAGGGGUUUAAUGGAGAUAAAAAUGAGAUAUGUUCGGGAAAAGAAUGUUUUGAGUCAGAAAUGGAUAAAUAUAUUCGAGAUAUAAGGAGAAUUGAUGUAUUACAAUAUGAUUCAGGAUCAGAAAAAUUAUAUGAUUCGUUUCGUUUAUUUUAUUUAUCAUGUAUACGAAUGAAAAGUCCGGUUAUUGGUGAUUUAGAUUUUAGAGGUAUAAAUAUUUUUGAAACAUUUCAAGGGUUAUGUAGAAUAUUGAGUAAUUAUAUUACGGAUUCUAUAUCAAUGGCAUUAAAUAAUAGAAGAAUCAAAGCAUUUCGUACGAUUUUAGAAUAUAUAGCACAUGCUGUUAAAUUUUCAUGGGAUGAUGAAAGUUAUUAUAUAAAUUCGUUUUCAUCGAUUUUUGAUGCAUUAUUUGAGUUAAUACGGUAUCAAUCUAGUUAUUAUUUGACUAUCUCGUCGAAAAAUUUGAUAUCAUCUGAAAUUCUUGAUAAGAAUUUAUAUGUUGAUGAACGUUAUGAAAUAGUGUGUCUUAUAUCAAAUAUAACAAAUCAAUUUUAUACACUUUUUCCUAUAGUUGUUGAUUUACUUAUUAAACAUAUAAAGACGAGUUAUACACGAUGUCAAGAUCGAAAUAUGUGUUUAGCUAUUAGGAAUUCAGAGAAUUCAGCAUGUGGAUAUUAUCUUUAUAAUCUUUCGGUUCUUUGUCAUAAAGACCGUAAAAUUCCUACUGAUAAUCUUGAACAGCUUAUAAGAUUAGUUGAGGGGAAUAUUAAGGAUUUUAAAUGCUUUGAACUUGAUAAACUUCUUUGGAAUGCAAUAUGUCAUCUUUCUUUUAUGGAAUAAUUAUGAAAUCUUUUUAUUAAAAUAUUAUAUGAUCUAUUUAAUUUAC